AUGAAAUAUUUUUUCUUAAUUUGGUUUGUUUAUUUGACUCUCGGAAAUUCAAUUGUAGGAAAAAAAGCCUCAGGUAAUCAUAUUCAGUAUAUCUUAGAAUAGUUCUUCCCACUAAUUAUGGAUUGGCUCAAAAAAUAAGAAUAGAAGAUUGAUUAGGCUUUGGCUUUCAGGGCAAUAACUGAAAUUAUUUAACAAACUGAUGAAGAACUAUUGUAAAUCAAUGAAAAUUCGGAGUUUGUCAAGUCAUUUCAAUAAUAAGUAUUCUGUUAGAGUAACAUUAUCAAGAUAUUGAAAUAUUGCAAAGAGAAACAGGAUUUUGAACAUGAUAGGAUAGAGAAUAUAGAGAAAUUCAUACAAGAUGAACUCAAACACAACUCCAACUAUUUCAAAAUUAUGAUCAAAGACAAAGAAAAAAUGAUAGAUUAAGAUAAUAAAGAAUUGGAAAAAGUCAAAAAAUCCAUCAAAGAUCAUACCAAAAUGAAAGAUAAAUUAAAUGAUAUUCUGGAAUUAAUCCAAGAAAUCGAUAUAAGUAAAUUCAAAUAUUUAUAUGAUAGGCUCACAAAUAGGAACUGCUGAAAAGUUAUAUAAAAUAUUAGAAAUUAUUGAAUCAAAAGCAGUUAUCGGACUGUUUAAACAAUAAUCUGAAGAAAUAUAACUUUAUUUAACACAUGUUGAUUAGCUUUUCAAAACCAAAAAUUUUCAAUAAGACUAAGUAAUUUUUUGAUUUCAUCCUAGUUUGAAAUAAUAAAUCUGAUUUCUAUGAUUAAGAACAUCUUAUUGGACAUGAAAUUUAACAUACAACUGAAAAUGGAAGAAGAUGAUAUGGCAACCCUUGAAACAAUACGAUUUUUUGAAAAUACCAAAAUUACUCAUCAAAUAGCACUGGAUUAUUUUAAGGAAGAAUCCAAUCAAUUCUUAGGUAAUUAUUGUAGCUAUAGGAAUCAUAGGUAAUUUAAUGAAAAUAUGGGAAUAGUCUUUUGAUAAUUAAAAUGAGAUAUACAAGGAUAACAUAUAAUUUUGUUAGAUUAUUGAACAAUUAUCUUAAGAAAUGAAUAAAGUUGAUUCUCUUAAUUCUACACCAUAAUUUAAAAAAUACUCUCUAAAAAAAACAGAAGUCUAAUUCUUAAAGCAAUCAAAUUGA